AUGGUGGAUUACUAUGAAGUUCUAGGCGUGCAGAGACAUGCCUCCGCCGAGGACAUUAAAAAGGCGUAUCGGAAACUGGCAUUGAAGUGGCACCCAGAUAAAAAUCCUGAGAAUAAAGAAGAAGCGGAGAGGAAAUUCAAACAAGUAGCUGAGGCGUAUGAGGUGCUCUCCGAUGCUAAAAAACGGGACAUCUAUGACAGAUAUGGCAAAGAAGGAUUAAAUGGUGGAGGUGGAGGUGGAGGUGGAAGUCACUUCGACAACCCGUUCGAGUUCGGCUUCACAUUCCGGAACCCAGAUGACGUGUUCAGGGAAUUUUUUGGUGGAAGGGACCCGUUUUCAUUCGACUUCUUUGAAGACCCAUUUGACGACUUCUUUGGAACCCGGCGGGGUCCGCGUGGGAGCAGGAACCGGGGAACCACCUCGUUCUUCUCCGCCUUCACGGGGUUCCCGGCUUUCGGUGGAGGGUUUCCAUCUUUUGAUGCAGGAUUUACUUCCUUUGGGUCAAUAGGCCAUGGAGGUCUCACUGCAUUCUCUUCCUCGUCAUUUGGUGGUGGUGGCAUGGGCAACUUCAAGUCCGUAUCGACUUCUACCAAAAUUGUCAACGGAAGAAAAAUCACUACCAAAAGAAUUGUCGAGAACGGUCAAGAAAGAGUAGAAGUUGAAGAAGACGGCCAGUUAAAGUCCUUGACAAUAAAUGGUGUGGCCGACGAGGACGCCUUCCAGGAGGCCUGCCGGCUCCGAGGCCAGCACGCGCUGCCGGAGCAGCCCGCCGGCACCAGCGCCCGCCCCCUGCGGCCCCACAGGCCCACCCCGCCGCCCAAGCACGAGGAGGACGAGCCGGGCCGCCACCGGGCCGCCAGCCACUGGGAGCCCUCCACCUCAGCAGGACUGAAAGAAGGCGGCAAGAGGAAGAAGCCGAAGCACAGAGACGAGUCCAAGAAGAAGAAGGCCACCAAGGGGCAGCACUAG